CGCGUAUAAACAAGUCCAAUUAAACCCGGACAAACCAUUUGACAACUCUAAUCAUCAAAAACCCUAAUUGUGGCAGUCUUCUCUUAUUAUCACUUAUCACACCACCUCCCUCCUCUGCUCCUCCACUCCGCAGACGCAUUCUUCCAAGGUUUUAAAGAUUAAUGGAACCCUCCGUGAAUGUCAAUGGCAGUAUGCUCCGCAACGAGACCAACAAUGCAGUUGUCUACUACCAUCUCAACAAGCUGUUAGCCUCGCAGUUCGAAAAACCCCCUCAAGAGAUUGCAGAGGCGUCAAGGUCUGCCGCUGCGGCCGCCACGGCCGCAGCUGCAGCUGCAAAGGCGGCAAGAGCUAAUGCAAAUGCCAAAGCUUACGCUGCUGCUAAAGCUGUUGCCGCCGCUAAGGCCGCUCUGAAAUUGAUUGCUUCGUUUCCAAACCAGGAGGAGGUCAGGAAGGACAAACAUGUUGCUGAGGUUGAGGUUGCUGAGGUUGAGGUUGCUGAGGUUGAUGAUGACGGUGACUUGUUGUUGAAGGAUCAGGAGUUAGCCUGUGGAGACGCGAGUAGUGGCAUGAUAGUGGCGAUCUCUUCUCCGAGUAGAAAUGAGGAGUGGUCUGGAGGGAGGUUAAGAGAGAGGGGAAAUGCGGAGGUGGGUUCGUCAAGUAGAGUGGUUGAAUCGUCAGUGAGUGGUGGACAAGGAGGGGAGAAAGAGGAUGUUCAGAAGCCGACCAAGAAGAGAGGACGGCCGAAGAAACAUUAGUUGUGUUUGUGGUUUAACUUUUAGUGUUUUGGUCGGUUGAAUGUGAGUGUGGUUGGGUGAGUUCAGUGAAAACUUUUUAGACUGUAAUUAACAGUUGUGGCCAUCUAAUCCCUAAUUCUAAGGCUUAACUUUUU